UGAAGCUAGUCCAUCAUGGAGACAGUAAGCUCCUAAAGCGGAUCUUUUUUGUUAAUAAAAAAUAGAUAAGCAGAGGAAAUAGGCGACCUAUUAAAUAUUUACAUUAAGAUUCUGACGUCUAUUCACAUAACAGACUGCAAGAGAAUGAUUGACGACUUCGAGAAACAGGAGGUUCGGAGCAGCGGGGAGCUCUGGUCCCAAAUUUGUGGUCCCAGCCUGCCGGAGAUCCAAGCAGAGACAUCCCGGGACAACAGUUCCGACUUUCAGGACUCUUUUCAGCCGGCGGGAGGGCAGGGCAAUGGCCAAUCUAACGGGACAAACACCACCGGUUUGUCCUGUGCUCAGUGGGAACCCAUGGAGGAUUCCGAGACCUACAUUGCCAGUUUAGAGAAUCGACUGAAGCGGCUCAAGGGACAGUCCAGCGACAUCACCUCCAGGGACAUGCUGCGUUCCUUGUCUCAAGCCAAGAAGGAGUGCUGGGAUAGAUUCCUGCACGAUGCUCAGACCUCCGAGCUCUUCCAAAGCAGCGACAUGGAUGAGAGUGCUGUUGAACACUUGAAGAGGUGGCUGGUUCCAGAGAAGGUGGCCAUCAGCGCGGAGGAGCUGGAAUAUCUGCUGAGGCCAUCUCAGACCAAGGAGCCCACCCAAGUGGAGGAGCAGGCAGGACACGGGGACGCAGAGGAAGAGCGUUACAAUGCUGAGAAUGAGGCUCAGAGCCCUGAGAAAUGACACUGAAACACUUAAAAGAAGAAAAAAUUACAGCAUCAGGCAUUUUCCUGUUUGUUAGUCAUCUUUUUUGUUUGUGCCAUUUGUAUGUAUAUAUAUAUAUGUUUUAACCACAGGAGUUAAUGAUGCUUUAUCUGUCACAUUGAAUGCUCUACCUAUAGAAAUGCUAAUGAAGGGCCACAUGCAGUAUAAAAAUGUAGAUGCUUAAAUUCAUGUAAAAAUGCAUUCUUUCGAAGGUGAAUCGACAUGUUCAUGUUUACCCCACAUCAUAAUGAUGUUUGAGCCAUGUUUUCAAUAAAAGAUUUA